GGCGGCGGCCGGGCAAGCGAGCGAGGGAGGCGCGGCUGCGCAGAGGUGCCGCCCCCCUCGCCUCACACUUGAGCGAGCGCGCGAGCGGCCUCUGAGGCGGGCGACGGGCCGCCGCUGCUUUCCUCACGCCACGACCACCGCGGCAAAGACGAUGGCCGGAGCGGCGGGGCCGAGGAGCGCUUGGGCAGCGGCUGCGUCCCCUCGCAGAGCGGUACUAGCUUUCCCGUCCUCUUCUCCCUCGCCCGUCGUCGUUCUUCUGAGGGACUCACCGCGGCGGAGGCACCGCCGCCUCAGCGCCGAGCCCGCCCGCUGAAAGCCGCGGCUCUUCUCCCUCAGCUGCCGGGUCCGGGGAAAGGAGCGAGGGCGGCGCGCUUUCGCCUACCCCGCCCCGUUGGCGGCGGGACCCGCACAGGGAAGCAGCCGAGCCUGAGAGGAACCACAGCCAGACUGCGGCGGCGGCGGCGGCGAGGAAAAGGGGGAGAUGGGCGCCAAGCAGAGCGGCCCGGCCGCCGCCAAUGGCCGGACCCGGGCUUACUCCGGAGGGGACUUGCCUUCCAGUAGCGGCGGCGGCGGCGGUGUGAACGGGCGGCCGGCAGGCGGCGCGGCGAGGUACACGCACCUGGCCCCGGGAGGGCAGCACCACGCGGGGCCCGGCGGCUCGGCCAGCGGAGCGGCGGCCCCGGCGCCCCGGAGCAGGUCUCUGGGAGGGCCGGGCGCGUCCGGGGCUCGCGCGGCUCAUUCUGCCUUCAACAUCCCCAACAGCAGCGGCCUCUACGGCUCGCAGGACUCGGUCAGCAGCACCCCCGAGGAAGGGGGCAGGGAACGGGCCGCGGCCGGAGGAGGAGGAGGCGGCGGUGCUGGAGGAGGACACGGCAGCGGCGGCGGGCCCCGGCUCGUCAUCGGCUCGCUGCCCGCCCACCUCUCGCCUCACCUGUUCGGAGGAUUCAAGUGCCCUGUUUGUUCCAAGUUUGUCUCUUCAGAUGAAAUGGAUUUACAUCUUGUGAUGUGUUUGACAAAACCAAGGAUAACCUACAAUGAGGAUGUGCUGAGUAAAGAUGCUGGGGAGUGUGCAAUAUGCCUGGAAGAGCUGCAGCAAGGGGAUACAAUAGCACGAUUGCCUUGUCUAUGCAUAUAUCAUAAAGGAUGCAUAGACGAAUGGUUUGAAGUAAACAGAUCUUGUCCUGAGCAUCCCUCAGAUUAACGUCAGAGUUUCCUGUUUUGUGUAGUCUCUCACACUGAUCAUCACAUGUAAAGGAUUUGGCGUUCCAUCUUCAGAUGCCGAUGUGAGCCCAGACUUCUGUUUACUUUGUACCAGAAAGUUAAGAGGGAGAUGGAACAUGACACGGGACAAAUGAUGCGAAGCUGGAAGCUCAGUGCACAGACACUCAGCCUAAAGGAGACACAGGGAUUCUUGAAAAUGCUGCACAUCCUGGAAAAGUCCUUUUCCCACAGACUUUAUGGACAACAUUUUGUAUCUACAGGCCAAAGUUGCUAACUUUCAUUUUAAUUUUAAUUUUUUUUAAAGAAAACUGUCUACAGAAGCAGUUUGUUCUCACAAUCUUUCUUCAAUGGAAGCUGUGUGCUCCGGAUCAAGACUCUGGGACAUUGUACAAGGAAAAUGCCAUUUUGGAGUUGGAAUCCGCCCCACUCCCACUGUGUACCAUGAGCUUGGGAUUGGGGGUAAAGACAAUCUAUGAAGUACAUACAGUUAAGCAGUGUGAACUUCCUCAUGAAAUUUUGCACCCUUUAUGCUGUUCACAUUUUUUCUGUGAAAGAAUGCAACAUUCCUUGACUUAGGUUUUUGUUUUGUUUUUUAAGUAAAGCUUUGCCAGUGUGCAGCCCAAAGAGCAAAAUGUAAUCAAGGGAGAUCAUUAAUUGACGUCGUUGAUCAGGCUAUAGAGUUAAUUGAAAUCCGCAUACUGUACUGUGUUCAUUUCUAAUUUAUACUAAAAUUCACCUUUACUGCUUGUGGAUAUCAAUGCAGCAGCAAAACUAAAAAAAAGAAAAGAGAGAGCAUAAUUUAGCAGCUAUGCAAUAUUUUUUUAAAAAAUUAUAGGGAAAUAAGAAUUACCAUCUCUCAAGUGCUGCCAGUUAAGGUAAUUUAACGGGUAUUUUUUAAACAUGUUUCAGGUAGUUAUUUUCUUGUACUACUUUAAUCUCCAGCCUGUUUCUCUCUAGCUGAGUAGUCAGAAAGGCAGACAAAGUGAGGCAUUUCAUGGGGAUGGGACCUGGAUUGACUUUUGUGUGGUUUUUUUAAUUAUUAUUCAAGGUUGUCUCAGUGGCAGAUCAUAGUAGUUCAUGUUCAGUGCUGUUAGCCAGGCUUUUGACAGUAGCUAUAAUUCUGUACGCAGUUGCUCAUCCUUCAUCCCAUUGAUAUAAAUGGGUUUAAACAUACAUAACUGUGAGCAUAGGUUGGAAGGAACCACCUCUAUUUCUUGAACCAAUAGAACUUUACACUACUGUGGCUUACCAUAAAUUGAAAAAUGAGGGGUAUGGGAUAGGGCAAGGAAGAAGCUCACUAAGUAAAAUUGUGAGCUGUUAAUAAUAUAUCUGUUUCCACAAAAAAGGGACCCAUUUUGGAAGCUGUUAAUAGUACCUUGUAAAGUUUGUAACAAAAGCGUUGAAUAAAGGUGAUUGACACUUUUCACAUGUUUAUAUAGCAAGAAACAAGAUGUAUUUCACAUUAUUUCGUUCUUAAGAAUUAAAUGAAGCUUCUGUUAAUACCCCCCCCCCCAAAAAAGUGGCAAAUGGAGAAGGGUUAAGUAGCCCACUUCUAUGUCUGCCCUGCAAAUGUCUCCCUCACCCCACUUUGCACCUUCAAGGCCAACCUGUCCUUGCCACCCAAUACCUACUUCUGUCAAAUGAAAGGAAGCAAUAUGGUGGUUUCUUGUAGCUUUAGGAUUUUGGAUAGAGAGAAAAGAGCGUGGAAUGGAGUUUUAUUAGCCUGUAGGCAGCCUGUUACUCCUUUCUGGUAUCUCAAGUUCUUUUUACCUUCUGACAGUAAAGACUUGCAUUCAUUGGCUCUAAAUUAUGUAUCCAUCUCAUGUAACAGCACUGUAUUGUACCAUUCAGGGACUUUCCCUCCUUUUGAACUUAAAUCAGAUUUUUCUGCUGCAGCUGUUGGGAUUCAAUGAUUUUUUUCCAGGGAUCAUCACUGCUGGUACCAGAUGCUGAGGUUGGGACAAUAUAAGCAAGGCAGUAAUUUAAAUGUAAAUGUACUUCUGAUUUUCUGCACUAACUUUUCAUUCUCCACCUUUCCCAGUGUCCUGUUGGUACUUUACAUUUUUAAAUGUACAUGUAACACUGGUAUACAGGAGCUCUUAGGAGGAAGAGUUAAUCAAUGUACAGUGGAACCUCUGGUUAAGAACUUAAUUCGUUCCGGAGGUCCGUUCUUAACCUGAAACUGUUCUUAACCUGAGAUACCACUUUAGCUAAUUGGGGCUCCUGCUGCCGCCGCUCCGCCAGAGCACAAAUUCUGUUCUCAUCUUCAAGCAAAGUUCUUAACCCAAGGUACUAUUUCUGAGUUAGCGGAGUCUGUAACCUGAAGCAUUUGUAACCUGAAGCGUCUGUAACCCGAGGUACCACUGUACCUAUUCAUAGAUCAGGGAGCCAGGAUUGGCUGUGACUCUUGAGCAACCUGGAGUUUGAUUCCAUGUAAUUUGUAAAUGGCCCUGGAAUGUGAAUAUUUCAGACUGGGCACUUUUCAAUUGGGUUUCUUCACAUGUCUAUUAAUUGAAGUACCUUUUUUCCUUUGAGACCUCAAAAGCUUUUAUUCCAUUCCUUACAAAGAAAAAGCAGGUGGUUGCAGAAAUAUAUGUUUAUAUUGCUUGUUUUACUCCAGUACACUAAAGAAAAGAAAAGGAAGAAACCUGUAUUUUACUGUCAUUUGUUCCCUUGCCUGGUUUUGAGCCAGAGUGGGAUUUUCCAGAUACGAUUUUGCUUUGUCAAGCAGACAUGCUGGUAUGGAAAGUCCCCACUCUGCAUUGCCAAUGAGCUAAUCUCAGUGCUGAUCUUCUUGAUAGCAUAACUUGCUAUUUAUACUUCCUUGUCUUAGACUUUAAGCUUCAAAUCUCUUUCCUCCUUACUUCCUCCUUCUAAGUCAUUGCACACUGCAGUCUUGAGCCUUAUUCUGCCCUGCCUCUUUUAUUUGAGCAAACUCUUUUGUUGACCUCAAUUAGCACUCCAUUAUACAGAUCUCGCCAGAGGAGGAGCUUUUUCAAUCAUUUUGGCCCAACCACUUCCUUGUGUCCAGUAGGAGUAGCUUUCUUUAGAUGGCUCUGGCUUCUGAUCCAGCCCUGUGCAAUGAAACUGAAAAGCUCCAAAGUGCAGCCAGCCAGGUUCUUUUCUUAAGUACGGUGUCUGCUCUGAGUUCUGCUGGAUAUAUUGAAAAGACAGAAGUGCAUUGUUCUAAAUUAACUCAGUCAGGAGGCCAAAUUUGUGGUUGCAGUUCAGAAGCAGAACAAUGUAAAGUUGCUGCUGUUGGAAAAUUCUCGGGCUGCUGGAAGGCAUUCUCUAGAGUACAUUGGUAUGUUUCGUGCCACAGUGGUGGAAACUGUAAAAGUGAUGCAAAGCAGUGCUAAAGACUCAAAGCUGCUCGUGUGUCCAGGAUUUAUUUGGAAAAUUGUCUUGCUUUUGGUACUACUUUUUUGAGUCUCUGAGUUGCCAAUAGGCAAGACUCCCUAUCUGUUUGAAAGAAGUGGCAUCAAUGAUGUGCAGACUUUGCUUGCUGUCAGUCUAGUUCUUUAUAUAUGUGGCAUUUGUUUAAAUGUUUCAGAUGUUGCUUCAGCAAAGAUUUUGCCUUGCAUUCCAGCCUGCAAACAUGAAUUGCCAGAUUUGUUGACUACAAUAUUAGUUGACUGAUUGAUGGAGGUAAAUGCUAGAUCUACUCGAACAAGCGUUUAGCAGAGGUGCAGAGGGUUAAGGGUACUGUUGCUCAUUUUUGAGGCUAUUUUUGGUUCUGGAGUGUGAUAGGGGGGAAAGGGAAUUUUUUUAAAAAAGAUGGCCUUCUAAUAAGUCGAGGCUUUUUAAAUGAAGUAGUUGGUUACUUUGCACUUCCCUUAAACAUCUCAAAAGAUACCCAAUACUGAAUUUUUCAUUUAUCCAGAUUCUUUGGAUUUAUCAGUCAGAAGGCAUCAAUCAACUAGCAAACUGCUUGCCCUUGUUCCUACACACGGCGGCAUUUGAAAGAGAUGCAGAAUGAAUCCUCAUUGAAUCCUUUUCGUUAGGCAAAACAUUUGCACUUUUUCUCUUUUAAGUGUUGUCAGUGGCAAAGUAUUGUUCAUGCAAGCUGCAAAAGUUGGCUCCUUCACAAAUUAUAUGGUCUGUGGUUUCAAACCAAAAACCUUCAGGGAAUCCUUUUUCUGUUUUCUCCCCCCCUUCCCCCCUCCUUUGCCACCAAGGAGCCACUGUGCCUUGGAAAGAAUUCUGGAAGAGUGUACUAAGACAGUUCACAUGAGGUACUGGCCAGUCUCAUCAGGCCUCGCCACACCUUCUGACAAACUGUGGGAAUGUCCUCUAACACACCCAGAACUUCAUGGUAGGCCAGGAUUUAUAGUGGGUGGUAAUAGUGUCUGAACAGAAAACUUCUCUGCCCUUAUCUUCUCAUUGUAGAACAUCUAACAGACUUCCCAGUAUUUUCUGAAGCAUAGCAUGCAAACCACCAGGAUAAGGGGUGCACUCAUCAAACAGGGACUGAAAAUAUUUUAUUUUGGUGUAUGAAGCAAGAUUGCACCUCCCACCAUCUCCCCAGCUUUGAGAAGAUGCAAGAAUAAUUUGAAGAAUGGCGAGGGGGGAACUAAGCAGUUAGAAGGCACAUUUGAGCAUAGUUAAGUUGGAAGCAGGGACCCAGGUGGCGCUGUGGUUAAACCACUGAGCCUAGGGCUCGCUGAUCAGAAGGUCGGCGGUUCGAAUCCCUGUGACGGGGUGAGCUCCCGUUGCUCGGUCCCAUCUCCUGCCAACCUAGCAGUUCGAAAGCACGUCAAAAUGAAAGUAGAUAAAUAGGAACCGCUACAGCGGGAAGGUAAACGGCGUUUCCAUGUGCUGCUCUGGUUUGCCAGAAGCGGCUUUGUCAUGCUGACCACAUGACCUGGAAGCUAUACGCCGGCUCCCUCAGCCAAUAAUGCGAGAUGAGCGCGCAACCCCAGAGUCGGUCACGACUGGACCUAAUGGUCAGGGGUCCCUUUACCUUUACCUAAGUUGGAAGCAACGAUUCAGAACUAUCUGUACUGACCAGAGUGUGUGCUCUUCAUUUUUUUUUUUUAAAGAGAUUUUUAUUAAUUUUUCAAACAAGAAAUACACAAACAAGACAUAUAGUAUAACACUGUCCCUUCAUUUUCCCUCCACCCACCGGUCCACUUCUGCCACCAGUAGGGCCCGUGUGCUUUAGGAAACAAAGGGGUCCAAUUGUGAGUUGAGUUCUGCUUCCCCCCUCCCUCCUCCCUCCAUAUCCCCCCCCUGCCACUGAGAGAACAGGUAGGAAGGAGUUAUGGGGAUCUGCAUCCCCCAACUCUUUCAUAAUCAUAUUAAUAAACCUAGAAGAAGAAAAAAGAGAAAGAAAGAAAGGAAAAAAGAACAAAACAAAAACAAAAAGAAAAUUGGGAAGAGUUCAAACUUCCCAGUUCUUAUUAUUUUGACAUCUUAAUUGCGACUCCCUCGGUUGUCUUCCUCAUGGUUUUCCUUGCAAAUUCUAAUUACUUGUGGCGAAUUUUCCAACUCAGCUUCAAAUCUUAAUCUUGUAAUAUUAACUCAAUCCUCCUCCUUUUUCAUGCUGCCCUCCCACAGGUCCCCUCCUGCCACAAGAGGUGCCUGCAGGAUACAGCACUUCCAAGGUUCCAUUUCCUCCUCACCCCUCUGGGCACCCCCUGCCACUGAGUGCCUCAGAGUAAGGAGAGGGGGGCAGGCAGCUUUCUGCCUAAACACCUCACUUAACCUGCAAUAAUUUACAGUAACUUAAAAAUUCUUUCCAAGCCAUUCUUAUACUCCCUUAAGGAAACAUAACACUUUUUUCCCUUUCUUUUUUACAUUCCAUCUCUUCUCCCUAAGUCUUUUCCCCCCAAUUGGUUCAGCAUUUCCAUUGUCAUGCCAAGAUUUCGAAGACCGUCUUUCAGAAACCAAAACAAUACCUUUUAACUAAAGUUUUUACCCCACACCCAUUCUUUCCCAAGUCCAUCUCCAGGCCUUUGCCCCCCCCUGCCCCUGUCCUUCCCAUCCCUCAAACACCCCACUCCACAUUUUAACCCCUCCAGGAGCUUCAAAUCCAUUAAACUUUAAGUCCCUUAGUCUCUCAUCUUCUUGUUCUGGUUGUUUUUCUUCCUUUUGGAAGUCAUAUUUUGCUUCAUCCCAAACAAAUUUGUCACAGUCCAAGUCCUCUUCCAGUUGUUUCUCCUCACACACAGUUUCAGAAUCAGCAGUCUCCAAAUUUAGAUUUAAAUUAUCCUCUAAGUCCUGGACUUGGACUUCAAUCUCAACUGGUGGUAAGUUGGGAUGAUGCCAUUCCUUGUAGAAAUCUUCCCAUGACAGCAAGUAGUUCAGUACAGUCUCCUGGAAGGCUCGAGACAGCUUUGUUUUCAUACCUCUCGUAACCGCAGAUAAACAGGGGGUAGGGAACAAUGGGUACUGGAAAAUUCCUCUCUCAGACGAUCGACUCCAUUUUGGCUGUUCUUUUUCUUGAUUCUUAACUCAGUCCCAAAUCCAUUCUUACUUCCAAUUUAAAUAGUUCUUUCACUUUUACCAACAAUUUUUCCUGUUCACAGCAAUGCAAUCCAUCCACCCGGUCUUUUGACAGUUUGACAGCUUUUGACAGCUGUCAAAACACUCUUCCCCUUAAAGCCGCUGUACCUCAAGGGGUGCCGGACUCGGGGGCUGAGAUGGUUCCAAAAAGUCUUUUUUCCCUCUCAGGACCACAGUUUCAAAUUCUUUCGUUUUUCAGCUUUGGAUUUUUUUUUUUUCCCAAACGCCUCCCAGUUUCCCAUUAGGAAGAGACCGGCUUCCGUUUCUUUAAGUCUCUCCUAUUUUCCAAUCAGCAAAUUUAGGAUCCCGAUCAAAGUUCCACUUACUUCUUUAGGAAUCUUUAGUAUCUAAUCGGAAGAAUCCGCCGCUUGCCGGGUCAGGACUCGGAGCUUCGCUUUCCGGAGGUAAGAUGUGGCCCAAAAUGGCUCCCGCGGUUCAACCCCACCGGCUCACGAUCGCUCUAUUGAGCUCUCGGGCGGCGGGGGAUCCGCCAAACGGAGCAGCCGCUGGACGCCUGAGUCAUCGGAACUCUCGAUCCGAUGCUUUUACGGGGAGUCCGCUCGCUCUGCGGACUUCCCCCCCCCUCCGAGAAGCCAGGGACCUCGGCACGCGAAGUCCCUGCGUCCUUCUCACCGCCGCGACGAACCGGAAGUGCUCUUCAAACCAUUAGAUUCACGCUAUGAAUCAGCUGUUUGGACUAACUCAUUUCCACAAGACGUAGAUGGAACUGUGAGCAGGACACAUCUUAACGUUUGGUAGUGGCAGUGGGCAAGAAGUCUUCCUUCCUUACCCUGCUAAUAAACCAGAAUGCAAUUAGUGAUGUCUAAUGUAACACGUUUCAAACUUUUUUAAUUGAGCUGUACGGUUGGGGAAAUGAGGAUGUUUUAAAAGGUUCAUCAUGUACUUGGUCUGCCACUAAAUGAUCAUUGAUUCCCCCCCCCCCUUUUUAACUGAUCUAGGUUGUAUGUUUUAACAUUCCAUUUGUGUAAAAUAAUGUAAAACAAAAAGUUAAUUAAAAAAAAUUGAAGCACA